AUGAAAAAAGACAAGAACAUCAUCAUCGAGGAAACACCACCAACAAUUGAUGACUACCUAGAUUAUCUCUCAGAUAUGAUUGGCAGUCCUGAAAAGAACUAUACUGAUGGUCUCUGCCGUCCACACAACCAUGGAAAAGCAGUAAUUUCUACCCAAACUAUCAGCUCUAAAUUUGUAAACCUUGUGCAAUAUGCAUUGGACCAUCAUAAGGGUUAUGUCAUGGACUGUGUCGAUCAAAAAACCUUGUCUUCAGCAAUCCAAGACGCAGAGGAUUGGGGUGCUCUUAGUAAGGGAAUGUAUUAUCCCCGCCGUAAGGUCACUAUCACGGCUGUCCAGCACAUGAACACAGCAACACUCACCAAACUGGCUUACACUGGAUGUUCAAAUUGGGACACAGAAAUAUCAAGAUUGCUUACGGUCUCUCUCGCUCUUGCAACUGGAUGCCGGGCCGGUGCUGUUGGCCUUAGUCAAGGGUAUCAGAAUAACAGCCUAAUGCAAUAUCAACAUAUUGAAAUCUUCAUGAAACCCAAUUCCAGUGGAGCUGCCAGAAUGGAGGAUGUGCUAGGAUGUUUUAUUGAGGUGGCUUUUGACAAGGGCAAUAAAGAUGGGCAGACGGAAGGCUUGAUUCAUUUUGUUCAACCACAGCUCCAAUGUCCCAUGAUCUGUCCCGUCCACUGGAUCUUGAUACAUACUCUGAGACACAGUCUGGUCAUCAGAGACAUCCUCGAUGGCGUUUUCCAGCACGCUCAACGACAAUCAAACCUCACAGUGAAGUGGAAGCAUCCAACUGCCCCUGUGAUCUGCAAGUUGAAUUGUCGCAGUGGUAUUCUUAUGGGACAGCCUGCAACGGCCCUUGAGGUUUCCAAAUCUCUACGCCACAUCGCAAAGCUCUCUGGGCUCAAACAGACAAUUUCCUUUCAUGCUAUGCAGAGGGGAGUGGCGGAAGAUGGUGCCACGCUUGGACCUCAAGCAGAGAAACCGUGUUUCAAUUUUGAUACAGCCCAGCUCAUACUCCAUCAUUUGGAUAAAACAAAACAUAGUGGAACAACGGCUUGUUAUGCUGGCAAUAACCCUGAAUGGGAUCAUCUCACUGAAUGA